CGUGCGUACACAUCGUUCACGGUUCGGCUGAGUAACGGUCGGUUUACUUUGUGAUCUUGAACUUCAUCACGGUCAUUACUUGGCCCUUUCGCCUGGUUUACUCUGCACAAAUCACAAAGAACCUGAGAGCUCAGGAUAGUUCUGGGUCAUAAUUUGAAGGGGACAUAAACCCGCUGUAGAAGAUUUGCUCAUACUUAGGCCUUCGACUAUGAGUCAAGAAAUCGAUGGAAUCCAAGACCCUUACGCCUUCGAUGACCCUAAUUUUGGGAUGGAUGACGAGGAAGACGACCAAUACAGUGAAAUUACCCAGGAGGACUGCUGGACCGUCAUUUCAAGCUUUUUCGAGCAGAAGGGUCUAGUCCGGCAGCAGUUGGACUCAUUUGACGAGUUCGUGCAGAAUACCAUGCAGGAACUGGUCGAUGAGAAUGCGGACCUGAUACUGGACCAGCAAGACCAACACUCGGGACGUGAAGGGGACAUGACACGAAGAUACGAGAUUAGAUUUGGACAAAUUUACCUUUCACGACCAACUGUCACCGAGGCUGAUGGCUCUGUCGUCCCGGUUUUCCCUCAGGAAGCGCGGCUGCGAAACUUGACGUACUCUGCACCUUUAUAUAUCGAAAUGAAGAAAAAGGUCAUGGUUGGACGAGAAGAUCCAGAUGGUGUUCCCGGUGAUAUGGCUUGGGAAACAGAGAAUGACGAUGGGCCAGAAAAUUCGACGAAAGUAUGGAUAGGAAAGGUUCCCAUUAUGCUGCGCUCUACCUUCUGUAUUCUUCGCGGGCUCGCGGAUCAAGACCUUUACGAUUUGAACGAGUGUCCGUACGACUCCGGAGGUUAUUUCAUUAUCAACGGAUCCGAAAAGGUGCUCAUUGCCCAAGAGCGUAUGGCCACAAACCAUGUCUAUGUGUUUGCCAAAGCACAACCUUCACCCAUCAACUUCCUAGCAGAGAUCCGUAGUGCCGUCGAAAAAGGUGGAAAAACAAUCAGUCAAUUCCAAGUGAAGAUGUUUCAUCGAGGCCAGGAACGUGCCAUGGGUAAUGUUAUGAAAGCAACCAUUCCUUACAUCAAGGUUGACAUUCCGAUCUGGGUCGUUUUCCGCGGCCUUGGUGUCAUAUCUGAUAGAGAUAUCCUUGAACAUAUCUGCUACGACAUGCAGGAUGCGCAAAUGCUUGAAAUGCUGAAGCCGUGUAUCGACGAAGGCUUCGUCAUCCAAGACCGUGAAGUUGCACUUGACUUCAUUGGCAACCGUGGUACCACCACUGGUCUUUCGAGGGAAAAACGUAUUCGUUACGCGCAGGAGAUUUUACAGAAGGAGAUGCUACCACAUGUAUCGAUGGCCGAGGGCUCAGAAUCCAAAAAGGCCUUCUUCUUUGGUUACAUGAUUCAUCGACUUCUUUUAGCAGCAUUGGAACGACGCGAACUCGAUGACCGUGAUCACUUUGGAAAAAAGAGGUUGGAUUUAGCUGGUCCCCUUUUGGCGAACCUUUUCCGAAUGCUGUUCCGUAAACUUACGAAGGAUGUUUAUCGUUACAUGCAAAAAUGUGUCGAGACUCAUAAAGAGUUCAAUCUCGCAUUAGCGGUCAAACAUCAGACCAUCACCAAUGGUCUCAAGUACUCUCUCGCCACUGGUAACUGGGGAGACCAAAAGAAGUCAAUGUCGUCAAAGGCAGGCGUAUCUCAAGUGCUGAAUCGUUAUACCUAUGCUUCGACGUUGUCCCAUUUGCGUCGCUGUAAUACGCCGCUUGGGCGGGAAGGGAAAAUAGCAAAACCCCGUCAGCUCCAUAAUACCCAUUGGGGUAUGGUUUGUCCUGCUGAAACACCUGAGGGUCAAGCCUGUGGUCUGGUCAAGAACUUGGCCCUUAUGUCCUGUAUUUCCGUCGGCUCAUACUCUGCUCCUGUCAUUGAAUUCCUUGAGGAGUGGGGCCUGGAGUCUCUCGAGGAGAACGCACAUUCAUCCACUCCUACGAUGACCAAGGUGUUUGUAAAUGGGGUUUGGAUGGGGGUGCAUCGAGAACCUGCGAACUUAGUGAAAACGAUCAGGAAGCUGCGUCGAAAAGAUGAUAUCAGUCCUGAAGUCUCUGUUGUGCGGGAUAUCCGAGAGAGGGAACUUCGUCUCUAUACUGACGCUGGACGUGUAUGUCGUCCACUGUUCAUCGUCGAAAACCAACAACUCGUACUGCAAAAGAAGCAUAUCAAAUGGCUUCUCAAUGGACAGAACGACGAAGGUUCAGAGUUCAAAUGGGAGCAUCUCGUCAAGAAUGGUAUCGUCGAGCUCUUGGAUGCAGAGGAAGAGGAGACAGUGAUGAUUUCAAUGACACCAGAGGAUCUAGAGAAUUCCCGUCUACAGCAACAAGGAAUCGAUCCUCACGAGAACGAUGGCGAAUUUGAUCCUGCUGCCCGACUAAAAGCUGGGAUCAGUGCACAUACGUGGACUCAUUGCGAGAUUCAUCCAAGUAUGAUUCUAGGCAUCUGUGCUAGUAUUAUUCCUUUCCCCGACCACAAUCAGUCUCCUCGUAACACCUAUCAAUCAGCUAUGGGGAAACAAGCGAUGGGCAUCUAUCUCACGAACUUCCUUAUCCGAAUGGACACAAUGGCCAACAUUCUUUACUAUCCUCAGAAGCCUCUAGCCACAACACGAUCAAUGGAGUACCUGAAAUUCCGAGAACUACCCGCAGGACAAAACGCUAUCGUAGCCAUUCUGUGCUACAGUGGUUACAACCAGGAAGACUCUGUUAUCAUGAACCAAAGCUCUAUUGAUCGAGGGUUAUUCCGGAGUAUCUAUUAUCGAAGCUAUAUGGAUUUAGAAAAGAAGAGUGGCGUCCAGCAGCUGGAAGAAUUCGAAAAGCCUACGCGGGACAACACGUUGCGAAUGAAGCACGGCACGUACGACAAGCUGGAAGAUGAUGGUUUGAUCGCACCGGGCACUGGUGUUCGUGGAGAGGAUAUCAUUAUUGGAAAGACGGCCCCUAUACCUCCUGAUAGCGAAGAACUAGGGCAGCGUACGCGAACUCAUACUCGACGCGACGUGUCAACGCCACUCAAAAGCACUGAGAGUGGUAUCGUCGAUCAAGUAUUGAUUACGACGAAUUCUGAGGGUCAAAAGUUCGUCAAAAUUCGUGUCCGUUCCACUCGUAUACCUCAAAUCGGGGACAAAUUCGCCUCUCGUCACGGACAGAAGGGUACCAUUGGUAUCACCUACAGACAAGAAGAUAUGCCUUUCACAGCUGAGGGCAUCGUGCCCGAUAUUGUCAUCAACCCUCACGCUAUUCCAUCUCGAAUGACUAUCGGACAUUUAGUCGAAUGUCUACUUUCUAAAGUCGCUACCCUCAUAGGAAACGAGGGUGAUGCCACUCCAUUCACCGAUCUGACUGUCGAGUCAGUGUCGAUGUUCCUUAAGCAGAAGGGUUACCAAUCUCGAGGCUUGGAAGUAAUGUUCCAUGGACACACAGGUAGAAAACUGCAAGCACAGGUGUAUUUAGGUCCCACGUACUACCAGCGACUGAAGCACAUGGUGGAUGACAAAAUUCACUCUCGUGCUAGAGGUCCGGUCCAAAUUCUUACCAGACAACCGGUGGAGGGUCGUAGUAGAGAUGGUGGCUUGCGGUUUGGCGAAAUGGAACGUGACUGUAUGAUUUCACACGGUAUCGCUGGUUUCUUAAAGGAGCGUUUGUUCGAAGCUAGCGAUGCCUACCGGGUCCAUGUUUGUGAAAUUUGUGGGCUAACCGCAAUAGCGAACUUGAAGAAACAAAGUUUCGAGUGCCGCGCAUGUAAAAAUAAGACAGCUGUAUCGCAACUUUACAUUCCUUAUGCAGCGAAGCUCCUGUUCCAGGAAUUACAAAGCAUGAACAUUGCCGCUCGACUCUAUACAGUCUCUUCAGGGCGAAUACGGGAUUGAUGUUUGUAGAUAGAGUGCUUAUUCUAACCAUUGUAUUAUUUUGAAGUGCAAUAAU